ACACAACCAUCCACGGCGGAUUCCUGCGAUCAACAGUGGCCUGAAUAGGUUCGCAUCAUAUUAAACAGCCUGAUCUGCUCUGUGUUAUUGAUCAGUGGGGCCUGAUCGCACGCUGCUGUGUGUGUGUUUUUUUGUUUUUUUUCAAAGAGAUGGAGACUGAAGAUGGGGAUUACCGUCAUGUAUCCAGUCAAUUCACUCAAUCACAGUCCCCCUUAACGGGCACAAACAGCAGACUGUUUCAGUAGACAAUAUACAUAUGAUUUUUUUUAUUAUUCCCAGUCAUAACAGGGAGUUUUUUCCACGCUCAUUUUUAGUUUGUUUUUUUCUCUAAUGCAGACCAAAAAAAAAACCCCUGGUAGACAAGCAAGCACGCAUCUGAAUGCUACCAUAGAGUAAGUAGCCUUUUAGGGCUACAUACACAUUUGUAUUUUUCUCUUUUUAGUUUUUUUUAAAAGCUCGUGUGUGUGUGUGUGUGUUUCUUUUUAUUUUGAAAAGAGAAUAAUGUUGAGGAACAUGAGAUCUGACUCACUGAUGGGUAGAGCGACCUUGUUUUGGAGUCUGAUGCUGUUUGUCUCCACUGCCUGCAUAUGGUCCACACAUGGAGAGAUUUGUAGUCCGGGUUUUGACAUCCGAAAUGAGAUCAGCGAGUUCAAGCGGCUUGAGAACUGUACGGUGGUGGAGGGCUACCUGCACAUCCUCCUCAUCAACGACAAGACCAACAACAUGCAGCAGGACUUGUUCCGCUCGCUCAGCUUCCCUAAACUCACCGUCAUCACGGACCACUUGCUGCUGUUCCGCGUCUCAGGCCUGGACAGUCUCAGCACGCUCUUCCCCAACCUCAGCGUCAUCCGUGGACGCAAUCUCUUCUACAACUACGCGCUUGUGAUCUACGAGAUGACCAGCCUGAAGGACAUCGGCCUGUACAACCUGAGGAACAUCACCCGAGGGGCCAUAAGGAUUGAAAAGAACCCGGAGCUCUGCUACUUGGACUCGGUGGACUGGUCCCUCAUAAUGGACGCCGAGUUCAACAACAUUAUCAAUGGGAAUAAGAAGGCAAAGGAGUGCGGCAACGUCUGUCCAGGCAUCAUGCAAGAUAACCCUCUUUGUCAGAGGACGUCGUUCAAUGACAACUACGACUACCGCUGCUGGACCUCCAACCAGUGCCAGAAAGUAUGUCCAGCUCACUGUGCCCUGGCCUGCACAGACAAGGGCGAGUGUUGCCACAGCCAGUGUUUGGGCGGCUGCACUGAACCCAACAGCGACACAGCCUGCUCCGCCUGCCUCCACUAUUUCCAUGAAGACCGCUGUGUCCUAGACUGUCCCGCGGGGACUUACAAGUUUGAGGGCUGGCGCUGCAUCACCAUGGAUCUGUGCUCGCAGGUGCACCUGCCCGGUGAAAACCACUUUGUCAUCCACAGGGGAGAGUGUAUGUUCGACUGCCCGUCUGGCUUCACACGCAACGAGACUAAUCGUAUGUUCUGCAGUUCCUGCAAUGGACUGUGCGACAAGGUCUGCACGUCCCACGUCAUCGACUCUGUGGACGCUGCCCAGUCCCUGAGGGACUGCACGGUCAUCGAGGGCAAUCUGGACAUCAACAUUCGCCGUGGAAAUAACAUAGCGUCUGAGCUGGAGAGCUUCAUGGGGCUGAUCCAGACAGUGACGGGUUACGUGAAAAUUCGACACUCCCACGCACUUGGCUCGCUCUCCUUCCUCAAGAGUCUGCGUUACAUCAAUGGGCAGGAACUCAUCGACAACAUGUACUCGUUCUCCGCCAUCAACAACCAGCACUUGCAGUACCUGUGGGACUGGAGUCAGCACAACCUGACGAUACGCACCGGUCGCCUCUUCUUCCGUCUGAACCCCAAACUCUGCAUGUCGGACAUCCACACCAUGUGGGACAAGACGGGAAUCACUGUGGAGCCAGAGGAGGGCGAUUUCCGCAACAAUGGCGAAAGAGCCAGCUGUGAGAGUCACACGCUGAAGAUCAAGACGAAUGAGACGACGAGCCAUGCAAUCAAACUGUCAUGGGAGCGCUACCACCCCAACAACAGAGACCUGAUCAGCUUCAUCGUCUACUACAAGGAGUCGCCUUUCCAGAACAUCACAGAGUUUGACGGCCAGGAUGGCUGUGGCUCCAACAGCUGGCACAUGGUGGAUGUGGAUCUUCCUCAGGAUAAAAACAGUGACCCAGAAGUCAGUCUUCCUCACCUCAAGCCCUGGACACAGUAUGGUAUUUUUGUGAAGGCCGUGACGCUGCAGGUGGACGACAAAGACAGUACUGGGGCAAAGAGUGACAUCAUCUACAUCCGCACACGUCCGUCCGUGCCGUCUGUGCCAAAAGAUGCCCGUGCAUUUGCCAACUCUUCAACUAAGCUGGUGGUGAAGUGGUCACCUCCGGUGUUUCCCAACGGCAAUCUGACCUACUACCUGGUCCGCUGGCAGCAACAGCCUGAGGACAGGGAGCUCUACCAACACAACUACUGCUCCAAAGAACUGAAGAUCCCGAUACGGAUCCCAGCGUCAGGACUCACAGACAUGGAGGACAUCACCAAACCCACCAAGUCAGACUUGUCCGGGGCGGAGAAGCGUCAAUGCUGUGCCUGCCAGAAGACGCCAGAGGAAAAGGAUCGGGAGAAGGACGAUCGCGUCUUUUUAAAGAUCUUUGAGAACUUCCUUCACAAUGCCAUCUUUCUGCCAAGACCUCCUGACCGCCGCCGCAGAGAUGUUUUUGGCGUCGCUAACAACACGCUGCAGCAGGACGGCACAGGGAACACCACCCUCAGCCCGGAUUACAACAGCACAGACGGAGUUCCGCCGGUCAAAGAAUACCCCUUCUCAGAAGACAAGACCACAGCAGAAUAUUUAGAGAUCGCCAACAUGCGGCCCUUCACGGUCUACCGCAUCGACAUCCACGCCUGCAAUGAGGAGGUGGGCCGCUGCAGCGCUGGUGCGUUUGUCUUCUCCAGGACCAAACCUGCAGUCAAAGCAGAUGACAUCCCAGGAAAGGUGAUCCAUGAGAGGAGUGACAAGUUGGAGGGUUGCGUGGUGCUGCACUGGCCGCAGCCUGCCAUGCCCAACGGACUCAUCCUGAUGUACGAGGUCAAGUUUCGUCUGGGGACUGAGCCUGAGAAACAUGAGUGUGUGUCGCGUCAGCAUUACCGUGAGCACAAAGGAGCACGACUCACUAACCUUGGCUCAGGAAACUACUCUGCCCGCGUGCGUGCCACCUCGCUGGCAGGGAAUGGUUCCUGGACAGAGAGCGUGUUCUUCUAUGUGCCUCCGCCCAAACGAGACGAUGCCGUCGCCUUUUACCUGGUCAUCAUCAUUCCCAUCAUAGCGACGCUCUUCAUCGCCACCCUCUCCACCGUCCUCUUCUUUGUGAACAAAAAGAGGAACAGCGACAGGUUGGGGAACGGAGUCCUUUAUGCGUCUGUCAACCCAGAGUACUUCAGUGCUGCUGAGAUGUAUGUCCCGGAUGAGUGGGAGGUGGCCAGGGAGAAGAUCACCAUGCACAAGGAGCUGGGCCAGGGCUCCUUCGGCAUGGUGUACGAAGGUCUCGCCAAGGGCGUGGUCAAGGACGAGCCUGAGACGCGAGUGGCUAUCAAGACGGUCAAUGAGUCGGCCAGCAUGAGGGAGCGCAUCGAGUUUUUGAACGAGGCCUCUGUCAUGAAGGAGUUCAACUGUCACCAUGUGGUGCGGCUGCUGGGUGUGGUCUCACAGGGCCAGCCGACCUUAGUGAUUAUGGAGCUGAUGACACGUGGAGAUCUCAAGAGCCACCUGCGCUCCCUGCGCAAGGAAAACACCAACAGCCAGGUCCUGCCCCCGCUCAAAAAGAUGAUCCAGAUGGCAGGGGAAAUCGCUGACGGCAUGUCGUACUUAAAUGCCAACAAAUUUGUCCACCGAGAUCUGGCCGCCAGGAACUGCAUGGUAGCGGAGGACUUCACUGUGAAGAUUGGAGAUUUUGGCAUGACCAGAGAUAUUUAUGAGACAGAUUACUACAGAAAAGGAGGGAAGGGCUUGCUGCCUGUCCGCUGGAUGUCUCCAGAGUCACUUAAAGAUGGCGUGUUCACAACAAUGUCUGAUGUCUGGUCAUUUGGGGUCGUGCUGUGGGAGAUCGCUACCUUGGCAGAACAGCCUUACCAGGGAAUGUCCAACGAACAAGUGCUGCGCUUCGUCAUGGAGGGAGGACUCCUGGACAAACCUGACAACUGCCCUGACAUGCUGUUUGAGCUGAUGAGGAUGUGCUGGCAGUACAACCCCAAGAUGCGUCCGUCCUUCCUGGAGAUCAUCAGCAGCAUCAAAGAAGAAAUGGAUUCCUCCUUCAGGGAAAUGAGUUUCUUCUACAGUGAGGAGAACAAGCCGCCGGACACCGAGGAGCUGGACAUGGAGGUAGAAAACAUGGAGAACAUUCCACUGGACCCUGCAUCCACCAGGCAGCCCUCAGCGGCCGCCGCCCCGUUGUCGGGGUGCACGGGAGGAACGCCACCCCCGUCCACCCAGCAGUUAUCCCCCAUUCAAGGCCCAAGUACACCAUUACUGGGACCUGUGUCUCCCUCCUCCCCCCGCCCGCUCCCCUCAGGCUUGAUGUCUCCAGGUCAAGCCUUGGACAAACACUCAGGACAUGUUUCAGCCAACGGGCCUGUAGUGGUGCUGCGGCCCAACUUUGAUGACAUACAACCCUAUGCACACAUGAACGGGAGCAGAAAGAACGAACGGGCGUUACCACUGCCCCAGUCGUCGGCCUGCUGAUAUCAGACCAGCCCCUCGUUCUCCUCUUUCACAGGGUAACAAACACAAACCUCUGCUCCGUCUCCUCUGGAGAGACGGACGAGGUAAGAAAUGACUCGUUUUAUUCUACUGAGUGCCAGUCGAUGGUCUCUCCGCUCCUUUAAGGUCAAGAACUGAAUGAUAACAGAGACCUGUUCAAGCAUUUUUGGAGUUAAGUGACUCAACACUGGGGGAACUCCUUCAUGUGCAGCCUGUAUUUCAUUCAGUGAUACAAAAGCAAUACAGGCAUGAAUCCUGAAUCACAGGUUUAGACAUGAACUUUCAAAAAAAGAUUCUUUUCAAGUAUAUCUGCCAGCAAAUCCAACAGAAGAGCACUUUUUUCCCUGAUGAAUUCAGAGAGGAUGUUGUGGAUAUCUGAGUGUGUAUUUAUACUAAAGAAAACAAAAUCCACAUGAUUCUCUCUAUAAUAUGUUUUUUUUAAAAUGACUUUAUUUCCAUGAGUCGACUCGGCUCAUGUCAUGCGAGGACUAAACAGCUGUUUGAUUCUGUUUUUCUUGUUGAUAUAUUUGUGGGUGUCGAGCCCACGAGGAGCGGGUCACAAUGGAAGAGGGAGGAGUCUAUUGUGUAUCUGCCAAACUGUUGCCAAAUUUUCUACACGUCUCCCUUCCUGUUUACGGCUGUGAUUCAGAGUCGUUCAGACAAACACAGAAUCCAAAGCAGUUCAAUUCUUUCAGGAUGAAGUUCAUUCGUUUCAUUGAAUCAACUUUGGAAGUCUUGUCAUUAAAUGAUAAUCAAUAAUCA